AUGACCGUCAUCAUCACCGUCAUGUACCCCAAAACCGAAACAUCCACCUUCGAUUUGGAUUACUACCUCAAGAAACACAUGCCACUGGUGCAGGAGAAAUGGGGACCGCAAGGAUUGAAAAACUGGUCGGUUACAAAGCUAGAUGAGAGUGGAGGGUAUACUAUGCAAGCACUCCUCUGGUUUGAGAGCAGUGAAGCGUGGGCCAAGGCGGGAGCAACGGAUGGCCCGACCAUUAUGAAGGAUAUUUCUAAGUUCAGCUCGGAGCAGCCGUUAUUUGUUUUUGGGGAGGUGAUAAAGAAGUCUGAGUAG